UCAUUAUUUUCUUCCAUGUGUUGAGUCCAUCAGUCAGACUACAAGUGUAUUAUACAAGAAUGUUGGUGCAGGAUAUACAGAAGAUCUCGUGGCAGUACUUCAGAAUGUAUCCCUUCCAAGAUAUUCUCUGGCAGGACCUCCAGAGACAACUGUCACUUCUCAGCUAUGAAGAUUUAAUGAGUUCCCAACAUCACCUUCUGGCCAGUACGGUUCAACAUCCUAUUGCUCAAAAGUAUCCAGUUACUGUGGCCUACACGCGUUCUUUCCUAAAAACACUAAUUUCUUUGCUUGAAGCGAGUAAUUGUGAAGUGAGUGAAGAGCUUUACACAGCAUACACUAAGUUGCUCUCCCAGAGCUCUUUAUUACACUUAAGUGACUACUACUACAGAACUUACAGCUUGGGGGAUGCUGAUGCCAUCACACUUAAAGAAACAUCCAAACUUAUUUAUGAUGGGACAACAGGCUUGUGCACGUGGGAGGCUAGUCACAUACUGGCAGAGUGGUGUUGCAAAGAAUCUCAUCAUUUCAAGAAUAAGAAAAUUUUAGAGCUGGGUGCUGGUUUGGGGUUUUUAGGCCUGACGGUUGUUCAACGAUGUAAGCCUCUGUCAUACACCUUCACAGACAAACAUCCGUCUGUCCUCACGACUUUAACUGAAAACAUACUAAUAAAUACGACUGGAAAGCAGUCUGACUUGGCUCAACAUGACAUGGAAAAAAUAGCCAACCUUAAUUACUUGGUAAAUGAUUUUACGGUACUGUACACUAACAUCAAGAUUCAAGUCAGAAGAUUAGACUGGGAAAGAGAUUCAUGUGAUUUUGAUGUUGAUGUUGUGCUGGCUGCAGAUGUGGUUUAUGACUGUGAUGUCAUAAUACAUUUAGUGAAGGUGUUGAAUUAUGCACUAAGAAGAAAACCUGGUGUAGUAGCAUAUGUUGCCUGCACUAUAAGGAACCCAGAUACAUAUGCUUUCUUCAAGCAUACUUUAGCAUCCAGUGGUCUGGUUGUAGCUUCAGAAACCCACCACCAAUAUCAGAAGUCUCCAUCACAACCAAAAAUGUCUGUCAUCAUCCUCCAUAUAUCACUGUAAGGUGCAGUAUAAUUAUUAGUCCUGCAGGUACUAGUACUGCUGGUACUGGUCCAGUGGCACUGGUCCUGGUCCUGGUCCUGGUCCUGAUCCUGGUCCUGGUCCUGGUCCUGCUGGUAUUGGUACACACUCAAGAUUCGAGACACUCUAGCUUCCAGGUGUGCAUCACCACAUGCUGUCACCUUCAGUCAUCAUCAUUGGUCACCAUUUUAAGUCUAUGAUUGUCAUAGAAAAUCUGUAUACAGUAUAAUAUGUAAAGAACACACAUGUAGAAAUAGACUUGAAUAAAAAAUUGUAUUUUUAUAGAAUGUUAAUACAUCAGUUCCCACUUGGAUUUAAACAUGUAUUUUGAAAAAGGAAUACGUACAUUUCAAAGUAAUCUGGUUCUCCUGCUACCAAUAUUUCAGUAGUUUUAUUAUUUUCCCAGUUCCUCUUUCCUCUUCCUAUAUAUUGGUGAAACUGGCUUUUUCCAUUUUUAACAGACUUAAAUAGUGGAAGAGAAGUGCUUGCCUUUCUAACACUAAUAAUGCUCUUUUUUAUCAUGGAUAAGUAAAAUGUAAUGAACACUUGUUAAUGCUCAGUAAUAACCCACAUGGAGGAAAAACUCAGGUGAUUAAUUGAUCUGUAUAUUUUGAUUGUUUUCUGAACAGGAUCCCAGAAGGGGGGUUGAAAUAUACAGAUCAAUUAAUCACCCAAGUUUCUGUCUCCAUGUGGGUUAUUACUGAUCAUUUUCUGUCAUGUUAUGGACCAGAGCAAACAUCAGCUAGCAGAGCUGUCAGUCUUAAACUUUAUAUUUAGUGUUUCUGAAGCAAUAAGUUUCUCAUGCUCUUUCUGCUAGCCUGAGUAAUUUACUUUUCAUGAUUUAUGGUGAAUGUGUUUCUUCUUUAUUGGGUCACCCUACUUCUUACCAGGUUAUAAGAGCCAUAUUCAAAAUUAUUGAUAUAAUCAAGAGAUGUAAUUCUUGUAGGCCUGGUAGGCAACGCUCUCGCCUCACACACUGAGUGUUCGUGGUUCAGUCCCCGGCAAGAGUGGAAACAUUAGGUAUGUUUCCUUACACCUGCUGUUUCCAUUCACCUAGCAAGCAAGUAGGUACCUGGGUGUUAGUUGACUGGUGUGGGUUGCAUCCUGAGGGGACAAGAUUGAGGACCCCAGUGGAAAUAAGAUGAUGCACUGCCUUACUUGGGUUAUCCUGGGUGGCUAACCCUCCGGGAUUAAAAAUCCAUACAAAAUCUUAACUAGGUAUAAGGAUCAUAAAUUGCAAAAAACACAAGAAACUAAGUUUAUUUAAUUAAGGACCACAUGAAAAGUCAAACUUACUGAUGAUGUUAUGUGUAACAGUAGUAAUUAUUGUGCAUAUGAGGAGGUAUUUGCAUAUUGGUGAUGAGGUUUUCCAAAAAAGUUAGAAGUGAUGAUAGUCAUGGAGGCCACAACUACUCACCCAAAGGCAAAUUUUGGAAAAUGCAUACAAAUACAGUACAGUAUAAAUAUGGACAAUACAUAAUGAAUUGUAUGUUAGUAAUAUUUACAUUGAUAAUACAGUGUGUUCUGUAGAAAGUCGAGCAAAUUACACAUUUCUAAAUAUACAGACAGCGCUGAAUAAUCCUUAUGGGUUUAGCGCUUUCCAUAAGUAUAAUAAUAAUAAUACAUGGUACACAGAAUUGUGUACAUGUGCGCCUUACUCCGGUCAUGAAAAUUUCAUUUGGAUAAUAAGUUAACUGUGUCAAAAUAAUUUUUAUAUACAGUUUGGGUGCAUAACUAAACCAUUAAAUUUUGGUCAGCCUUCAUGUGUGAUUUAUAGGUACGAACUUUAAUAUUAAUGUGAUACUUUUAAAAACUUUUGUAAAUAAAUUUAUAGAAAAUUUUACAAUAUCAAGUAAGUUAUUAGUUUUUGAUAUGAAAUUUAAGUAGAUAAUAAAUAUUUUGUGUCUAGGCUGUUGUUUAUGGUUUCUUAGGAAAUAAAAUGACUUAUUUUAUAUGUGUAUGGUUAUCUAGCCAUAAGUUUUAACAAAUACUAAAAAUAUUUCUGAACUGUAGUCAACUUGUCUCAUUUUUUCAAAUAGAAAUUGAGUAACAAUUAGUGUUUAAAAACCUCCUUAAGUGGCUGAGCAAAAUUGUUGUGGUGUAGCGUAGAGGAUAACUAUGGUCGUGUUUGCGAUGAUCUUAAUUAAGGUGACAUAGACUGUAGCUGUCUGCUCGUCUUUUUACCCGAUAAAAUAACUGUCAUUUCUUGAAAUAUAUUUCCAUUGGAAAGAAAAUUGAAGCAGACGGUUACAGUCAGUACAUGUAAAGCCCAGCGACUGUAAGCUAUGUUGGUGAAGCAUAAUAAACAGGUAAUGGGGUACACUGCACGUUGUGAGUUGAGAAGAAAGCAUUAUAGGGAUAUUUCACACUUAUAAGGGAGAACAUUCAUUCAUAAGACUUUUACAUUAGUCAUAUUAAUUACAUUUUAAGUGACUGAAUGAUAACCUACAUUAAUUGUAUUCAUAAACGUUCUGCAUUAUUUAAUUAGAAUGUUGGGGAAAUUUCUGACUUUCAGUACAGUAUUUUGCAUUGAAUGAAUAUACUUUUUUAUCAGGAGAAUUAUUGAACUUGAGCAAAUGGCACUGAGUAAAAUAAACCACCAUGACUGCUGAGUAACAGUUACAGUAUAGUUAGUGUUACAUCUCCUGGUCUUACUGGUACCUCUCUCAAGACCUUCACUAUAUUAUUGGCACUUUUUGGGAAGGAUUUUACAGCAUACACACACACACAGUGUGUGUAUGUGUGUACUCACCUAAUUGUGAUUGCAGGGGUCGAUUCAUACCUCCUGACCUCGCCUCUUUGCUGGUCUCUACUAGAUCACUCUUCCUGCUCCAUGAGCUUUAUCAUACCUCUUUUUAAAGAUAUGUAUGGACCCUGCCACCACUACAUCACUUCCCAGACUGUUCCACUUCCUAACAACUCUGUGGCUGAAGAAAUACUUCCUAACAUCCCUGUGAUUCAUCUGAGUUUUCAGCUUCCAACUGUGAUCUCUUGUUGCUGUGUCCCAUCUCUGGAGGAACACAGGGAGGGACAGCAGGGAGAGAACCUAGUAGCGACCAGUGAAGAGGUGGGGCCAGGAACUGAGUCUUGACCCCUGCAAUUACAAUUAGAUCAUGCAGGACUGUCACCACAUUAUGUCUACAUCACUGACAUGUUUCCAGUUCUUUUGAUUCAGUGCAACAUUGGACGGAAUCCAACUUUGUUACAAAACAAUGGACAGACUAAGUUUCUUAAACUAGGCUAAGAAUAGUUGGACAGACAUUUUUAUCAAUUUAACUUAAUUAUUGUUAGUUAUUGUCAUCAAAGCUUCUAUAUUUGUCUACACUUUCUCAUUUUGCAUGCAAAGGAAGGUUGCCCAUUCACUCUUCCUUCAUUAUAUUGCCUAAUGACAUGUUCUGUAAUCUCUACCUGCAAAGAACCUUUUCUAAAGAAUAUGGCAAGCUUGUUUACGCAUUCAAUAAGUAAAGUAAUAUCCACUGGAAAAUAUCUUACAAACACAUCUAGUGAACGAUAGUUUAACAUGGCUUGGUGAGCCCAAAACCUAUACAGUACUUGACAAAAUAUGUUAGCUAUCUCUGGAGCAUUGUUAAUGAGAAAGUUUUCCGAGUGUGAUUAAAUGCUGCAGACCUAAAAUACUGGUAGUCACCUGCAAUAACUUUUAUGACACACAGUCUUCAUUGUGGAAGAAAAUGUUUAAGAGAACAUAUGAAUGCAUCAAAUAAUGUGAUGAGAACAACAGAGGGCAACAUUCCAAUAAUAGCUCUGACUCAUACCUCAAUGAGGUAAUAUUAUUUAUGUUGGCCUCUCUCAUUCUUGUCACAAAGAGCAACAUACAGAUAAUAUCACUGCAGUGGGACUUUAUGUCCAUCCUUUAGGCUUGGGAUUUGAUAGGAAAAUUAAAAUUAUUUGGGACUGAAUCAUAAAUGAAUGGGGCUUAAUGAAUGCCUGCCAAAUGACUCGGUGAUCAUCUGUAUUAAUAUUGUUCACCAGCCUUGACUUGAGGGAGAGCAGUUGCUCUACUUGCAAGAGUCCUCUGCCAACUGAUAUCAGAUGAUGUACUUUACCAUAAUGUAUAUCUUAAAUAAUGAUAACCCAAUGCCUCAAUAAAUAAAGUAAAUUUCA